AACCAAAGCCAGAGUCCGAGGAGGAGCCAGCGCCAGGGGAUGUCCCCAUCGCGCCUCCUUCGGUGUUCUGGGCGCCCGCUUCGAAGAAGGCAAAGCUCGGCGAUGGUUUUGUUCGCGCGCGCUUCUCGAUCAUGGGCGGGCUCGAUUACGACCUCGUGUUGCGUGGCCAGCUCGACCCCGAUGGGAAAAAGAUCAUCGAUGGCUGGGGAGUGAUUCUUCGCGAUGGGGUGACCUGGGUGGUUCGCUAUGGCGGAGACCGCCCCGGUGAGCAGCGCACGAUGCUCGAGCGCCUCUACAAACUCGAGAAGCGCGAGGAGAUCGAGAUCCUGGCGUAUGCGUUCGGAAAUCGACUGCAUGUUCAGGUUCACGAUGCACGCAGCGGCGUCGAGCUGAUUUCUUCUCAAAUCGAGGAUUCGACGAUCCCUUCCUCCGGGAUGGUCGGCGUCGCGGUACCACCCGAGCACGAGAACGGUCCUGGGGCGCUCCUGACGCACCUCUCGCAGCGCGAGCUGUGCAAGGCAAAGAUCCCGGAGAUGCCCGAGCAGCGCCCACCGCGCGUGUUUCUCACGCUAUCCUCCUCUCAAUGGGAGGCCACGCCAGCGCCCGUGCGCGCGAUGUUGCUCGACCUCGAGCCAGCGGAGAGGCCGGAAGGGGCGAGGCGCUAUCAGACGGACAGCGUGGGGAUGGAGGCGCUCUUUUGUGCUGGGGUUCGGCCCAUCGAGAGCACCGCCGAGAUCCCCUGGAAGUACGUCGACGAGGAGUACCUGGCCAACAAGCACAGCCUCCCGGUCAAGGAUGAGACCGGGAUUCGCGUGGACCUGAGCUACAAGAAUCCCGCGAUGGUCGAGACCUUGAUGCGGGCCUUUCACGAGGCCUACCCCGAGGUCACGAGGCUCGAGGUGAUCGGGACCUCGCAUCAGGGGCGUCCGAUCCUCGCGAUGGCGAUCGCGGACAACCUCGUCUCCGAUGAUCCGAGGCCAUCGGUGUUGCUGAACGGCGCGCAUCAUGGAGACGAGCCGAUCUCGACCGAGAUCGUGUUCGACGCCAUCGAAUAUCUGCUCGACGAGCGCAUCGAGGAUCCUCGCAAGGUGAACCCGGAUGGCGCGCACGCUUUCCUCGAGCAGUCGUUUCGCAUGGGGCGAAAGAAUGGACGGGAGGUCGACGGCGUCAGCGGACAUCGACGCGAUGAGGGCGUGGACCUGAAUCGCAAUUAUCCGUUUCGCUGGCACUCGCUGGGAGAGGAAGGUUCGAGCUCGGAGGGUGAGUCCUCUUACUACCGCGGCGCGAAGCCCGGCUCCGAGCCAGAGACCAGGGCAAUGAUGGCACUCGCCGAGCGAGAGCGCUUCAUCGCCUCGAUCUCGUAUCACACGGGCACGGUGUGCAUUCUGGCGCCUUACACCAUCGACGAGGUCGAGAACCCCUCGCCCAACGAGGCGUGGGAGAUCGGCGGUGAGAUAUCGCGCGCGAUGCCGAGGCACCCCGAGGGGAGGUCCUUUCGGUUGCGCAAGAACCUCUAUCCAGUCGAUGGGACGGAUCAGGAUUGGUUUCGCGCGGAGCAUGGGACGGUCGCGUUGCUCGUCGAGGCGGUGCGGCGCACGCCUCGUAACUUCUGCGCCCGUCGACCUGUGGUCGAGGCGAACCGCCCAUCCUGGAUCUUGCUCUUUGAUCGCAUCCUCGAAGGCCCGACGCUUCUGGGGCGUGUGGUGGAUCGCGAGGGCAAGCCGCUCGAGGCCCACGUCGAGAUCCUCGAGCAAGAGGUUCGCGCUGGUGAGGUCUGGACGAGUCGCCCGCGAGAUGGCAGGUUCGCGCGGAUGUUUGUUUCGCCCGGAACGUAUACGGUGCGCGCCAGCGCGGAUGGUUACGUUCCUGUGACCCGAAAGGUGCGCGUUGGCGCGAAGAAGAGCCCUGACAAGGGCGCCAUGACGCGGGUCGAGCUCGUGCUCGAGCCCGCGGAUUCCCCGAAGAGCGACGCCCAGGAUGCUGGGAAGAAGUCAGCCGAUGAUGUCAGCAAGAAGGACGUCGUGGAGGACGCUGCUCCCGAGGGUUACAGUGAGAUCCCUUGUGGUGAUGCUCCCGAAGGGAUGAGCUGUGUUCCUGGAGGGGCGUUUCUGCGUGGGCAUGACUCGAAGGACAAGAACGCCAGGCCGCAGCAAAAGAUCUGGCUGACGACGUUUUAUAUCGACCAGCGCGAGGUCACCAACGCCGCCUACAAGGCGUGCGUCAAGGCGGGCAAAUGCGAUGAGGCGGGGCCUCGAUACCGAGGUUACAGCGAUGACGAGCAGCCGAUCACGGGCGUCAGUUGGUUUGACGCCAGGAAGUUCUGCGAGGCGCAAGGGAAGCAGCUCCCGACCGAGUCUCAAUGGGAGAAGGCUGCGCGAGGCACAGAGGGCGAACUCAAUCCCUGGGGGAACGAGGCGGCGACGUGCGAGCGCGCCGUGAUCAAGAACAACAAGGGGAGGGCGUGCGGCGUCAAGAAACCAGGAAGUAAGCCCGAGGCGGGGCGCAUCUGGAAGGUCGGAGAGAAGCCCGCAGGCCGCUACGACCUCUACGACAUGUCCGGCAACGCCGAGGAGUGGACGCUCGACUGGUACUCGCCGAGCUGGGAAGCCUGCGGCGAGGCGUGCCAGGGGCUCGAUCCGAAGGGCCCCUGUGAUGGUGCAAAGAGUUGUAAGGGGUAUAACAAGCGCGUGCUGCGCGGAGGAUCGUGGUACUGGCCUGCGGCCAAUGCGACGGGGAUUCAUCGCCGCGCGAACGUCCCGAGUAAUCGGCCCUACCAUCACUUCGGGUUUCGAUGCGCGGCGACCGUGGAGCAGGCCAAGGCGUUGACCGCGAGCGGCGAGAAAAAGUGA